GAGAGCGAGAUACUGGUGCGGAUUACUGUUUAACUGAAGCCUGCGUGAAAACUGCGGCGCGCAUUUUGGAUUCGCUCGAUACGACAGCGCAGCCAUGCGAGGAUUUCUACCAGUUUGCCUGCGGAGGGUGGCUCCGGAGAAAUCCCAUACCGGAAUCACAAACGUCAUGGGACCAGUUUCGGUCACUACGGGAGCACCUUUUACGAGACCUUAGAGAUAUUCUUGAAGAAGGGAGCAGUGCAGAUGAACCCGGGCCAGUCAAACAGGCCAAGGCUCUUUACAGAACCUGCCUCGACACUGCAGAACUAGAGAGGCUUGGCCUCGAACCCCUCAUAGCCACUCUGGAGAAGCUCAACCUGAGCACCGCGCUGCCCGGGCUGCCCAGCUCAGUCGACGAGGAUGACGAUGGGUCCUCGGGCGAGUUCGACUGGCUGUACACCGCGGCCCGCGCCCAGCGCAUGCUGGGCCACUCCGUGCUGCUCGGGUUCUGGGUCAACGAGGACGUGCGCAACACGAGCCGGAACCUGAUGGUGGUGGAUCAGAUUUCCCCGGGCUUCAGCGAGCGCUACCUCCUCGACCCGGAGCGCUUCGGCGGGGAGCUCGCCGAGUACCGGCGGUACAUCACCGACGUGGUCCGGGUGUUCCUGCACCGCGCAAACCAGACCGCACCCAACGGGACCGCGGAGAACUUCGCCGCGGACGUACUGCGCUUCAGCACGCAGUUAGCCGGGAUCAUGACAACAGCGGAGCAGCGACGAGAUGUUAAGUCUCAAUUCCAUGAGAUGACACUGGACCAGCUGCAGGAGCACACAGAUGCAGAUGGCCUGGGAAGUGGAGCCAAGGUGAGCUCCCUCCGUCAUUUUCAAUGACCUCUCUAAUUGUGAUCAAUAAAGAUUAAUAAUG